AGUACUUCGGUUCCAACAUCCGUUCCGUCCCUGCCUGGCUACAUCUGCUCCUCAAGAGCUGAUCGAACAAACAACUCAAGAUAUAGCAGCAGCUAAAAGCCUAGAUACCACGGCCAUGGCUGCCUCUCCCGGUCUCCCGGCUCCUUGGUCUCUCUUCAUGGCAACCCUGGUGCUGCUCAUCGUCCAAGCGCAAGGCAUCACCAGGCACUUCGAUUUCAAUGUGCAAAUGGCGAACGUGACGAGGCUUUGCGCCACGAAGAGCAUCGUGACGGUGAACGGGGAGUUCCCCGGUCCGGCGCUGGUGGCGAGGGAAGGCGACCGCGUCCUGGUCCGCGUCACCAACCAGGUCUCCCACAACAUGACGCUGCACUGGCACGGCAUCCGGCAGCUGCGGAGCGGCUGGGCCGACGGGCCGGCCUACGUGGCGCAGUGCCCGAUCCAGACAGGCCAGAGCUACGUGUACAACUUCACCAUCACCGGGCAGCGCGGCACAUUAUGGUGGCACGCGCACAUCUCCUGGCUCCGUGCCACCGUUUAUGGUGCAAUUGUCAUCCUUCCUGAGUUCGGCGUCCCUUACCCGUUCGCCGCGCCGCAUGAGGAGGUCCCCAUUCUGUUUGGGGAGUGGUGGAAGGCUGACACAGAGGCGGUGGUCAAGCAGGCGCUCCAAACGGGUGGAGCCCCGAAUAUCUCCGACGCGUUCACGAUCAAUGGACUCCCUGGACCGCUCUACAACUGCUCCGCCAAAGACACAUUCAAGCUAAAGGUGCAACCGGGGAAAACAUACCUUUUGCGCCUCAUCAACGCGGCACUCAAUGACGAGCUCUUCUUCUCCAUUGCCAAGCACAGGCUCACGGUCGUCGAGGUUGAUGCCGUCUACGUCAAGCCGUUCACCGUUGACACCCUCGUCAUCUCCCCAGGCCAAACCACCAACGUCCUCCUCACCGCCAAGCUGUUCUACCCCAAGGCCAACUUCUUCAUGUCUGCCGUGCCAUAUUCGAACAUCAGGCCCGGCACCUUCGACAACACUACUGUUGCCGGCAUCCUCGAGUACCACAACCCCAGCUCCGGCUCUGUGUCAUCAAGCUUCAACAAGGACCUUCCGCUCUUCAGGCCGAAGCUACCUCGCUUCAACGACACCGGCCUCGUCACAAAGUUCACCGCCAAGCUCCGCAGCCUCGCCACGGCUAGUUACCCCGCAGCCGUGCCACAAUCGGUGGACAAGCGGUUCUUCUUCACGAUUGGGCUAGGCACGCUCCCGUGCCCGACCAACACAACAUGUCAGGGUCCUACCAACAUCACGCGGUUUGCGGCGGCCGUGAACAACGUUUCCCUGGUGCUCCCUUCCACGGCUCUCUUGCAGUCGCACUACACCGGUAUGGGCAUGUCUAAGGGCGUGUAUGCAUCCAACUUUCCAACCGCGCCUCUCUCGACAUUCAACUACACGGGGACCCCGCCGAACAACACGAACGUGGCACAGGGGACCAGGCUACUCGUGUUGCCAUUCAAUGCAUCAGUGGAACUCGUGAUGCAAGAUACGAGCAUUCUCGGCAUAGAGAGCCACCCCUUGCACCUGCAUGGCUUCAACUUCUUCGUGGUCGGCCAAGGGUUUGGCAACUACGACGUUGUGAAUGACCCAGCCCAGUUCAACCUCGUCGACCCCGUCGAGCGGAACACCGUCGCUGUGCCAGCGGGCGGCUGGGUGGCUAUUCGUUUCAUUGCUGAUAAUCCAGGUGUGUGGUUCAUGCAUUGUCAUUUGGAGGUGCACACCACGUGGGGAUUGAGAAUGGCGUGGCUCGUACGGGACGGGAGCCUGCCCAACCAGAAGUUGCUUCCUCCGCCGUCUGAUCUUCCCAAAUGCUAGUCUCACAUUGUGAGAGUUUUUUUCUCACCCAUUUGAUUGGUUAAAGAGCUUGUGAUUGCUUUAAUUCUCUCAUAGGUCGCGGGAGAUUUUAGUGUGUUUAGUUCGCUCCCAGCUAACCUUCUUCUGUUUUUUUUUUUCCUUUUUUUCCCUUUUCCUGAACUGUUUACCAAGUUAUGAUGAUGAUGUUUUGAUACAUGUUGAAUAAAAUGACGUGAAAUGCACGUCGACAUCUUGGAUUUUUUUUCCUGCUA